GCAGUUACAUCGUAGAGAAAGAGAUGCGGUCUUACUUUAUGUGCGAGUAACGUGUGUUUUGUGUGUAUUUAUAGUUAUACUUUAUAUAAUUGAAUUUAUAUAAUUUUAAAUUGCGAAAUAUAUAUAUUUUCUUUAAACAAACUCGGGCAGAGCAUUUAUCAGCGUUUAUGAUACAAUCAUGGUACUGAAAAAUAAAUAUUUCAUCGUUUUAAUGAUUACAUUGUCACUAUUUAUAGGAAACAGUGAAGCAGAAUGGAAAUUUUGGAAAAAAGAUAAAGAGACUACUACUACUAUGAGUACUACUACAUCAGUUUCUGUAAAUGUACAAAAUACUAUAGCUCCAGCAAGAACUACAAAAAUUAGAAGACCAACUGUGCCAAUUGCAAACACCGAAGCCACUAUAAUAGAUGCUAAUAAUCUGAAAUUAGAUAUAACUGGGGAGAAUAUACAAAAUAAUAUACGAUCUAACCUAAGGACAGAAAAUAAUUUCGCUACGGGUACUGAUGUUUCAAAAUCAAACAGGCCCGGGAUUGAUCAUGAAAAUGUUCAAAAUUACCGAAAUUUGGCAGUAGAUCUUAUCGAAACUAAAGAACCAUCACAAAACCAAGCAUCAAAAAUAUCUCAAGGAUUAACAAUCAAAAGUGACAGCUCCACAGCAUCUUCCAUCAGAGCUGAUCAAAACAGGCCGAGUACGCCUUCUUCUUCAAGUGGAAAAACAUGGGCUAAUAUCGCUGGUAUCAAACUUGUUUCACCUACAAGCUUUCCAAGACAACCCGAAUAUUUUAUACCUCCCGUUUCAGGAGUUGUUGCGGAUGUAACCACCAGAGCAGCUAUAGAUUCCACUAGAAAAAUAUAUUCCAGUAAUCCAACAUAUAGCAAAGGAAAUAUAGUUACUGAUGAAGAUUUGGAAAAACUUUCUGAAGCACUUUAUAUAAAAGAAACGAAUAACGCAAACUCAUAUAUAAGAGUUAAUCUGCAAAAACAAACAACCAGUAGCAAUCUGAUGGAUCAAGCUUCACAGCCAUUAUUGACAAUAAGUCCUGAAGCUUUCCAGAUUCCUACGAUUGAAAGUGUUCUCUCCAUAUUCGAUAAUUAUCAUUUAGAUACUCAUAUGAAUGAAUAUAUUAGUCCAUCACAAAGACAAGAAGAGAGUCUUCUUGUUGAUACUUUUCUGAGUACAAACGUAAUGUCUACUGCUAUGCGUUUUCUCGCUGAUAAAGGAUUUGUGAGGCAGGAUUAUUAUGAGUAUAAAGAUACAUUAAGAAGAAUUUGGUUCAAUUUAUUCUCGCGUGGACAGGGUAAAAUCGGUAGCACCGGAUUUGAACAUGUCUUUAUGGCGGAAACAAAACAAGUAGAUUCGGGUACAGAGAUACUUGGAUUACAUAAUUGGAUCUACUUUAACGCAGAAGAAAUAAAGAACCGUGUCGACUACCUAGGUUACAUUAAAAAAACCGAUUUAGGAAACAGGGGAUCUAUUAUUAAAAUGCAUGUAAAAUUCAAUAGUCACGAUAAACCAGUAACAACAAUGUUCAUCGGAACUUCGCCCGAAUUGGAAAUGUCACUUUAUACUGUUUGCUUCUAUGCACGACCAGAUAGAAGCUGCCCUGUAUCUCUGGGAGGCACCAAAUUUAAUAUAAUAACACACAAAUUUAGAUAUAGAGGAAAAGAUUUGAUCGGAACGGCAUAUCCAGAAAUUUGAAGUUUUUCUUUGUAAAUGUAUCUUUUAUUUAUAUACACUAAAAUAUACUAAAAAAAUAGGGAACAUUUCUCAUACGCUCAAAAUGGGGUUAUUUUUAAAUCGAAAUGAAACAGCGGAAAACCAUCGUAAAAAGAAAUAAAAUAUAUAUUAAAGUUUGAAGUUUUAAUUUUAAUGCAUUAUUAGUAAUUUUAAAUAAUUUUUUAUUUCUAUUCAAUUAGUGUUUGGAUCAUCGACGGAUACAUAGAUGACGAUGACGUUGUCGACUGACUUGCACAACCUAUACUCUGGUUUUUAAUGAGUAAAAGUUUUAUUGAGUCGUUCUUUAUCAGUGUCACUUAUCGAUCUCAAUUUUGAUUUUCAAUUACGCAUAUUAAAAUUCAAAUAUAAAUUUGAUUUUUAUAUUUUGUUAUCUAUGCUGAAAGUGGACCAAAAAACGGUUCAAAACGUACAUAUUUAAUGCAUACUUGUUAAUGAAAUGUAAUAACGAAAAGUUUGGACAGUAUGGAUAUAAAUAAUAUUGAAAAAUUAAGUUGGAAUUUUAAAACUUGACAUGCAUAAUACUUGUUGUUGCAGUCAAAUUUCAAAAUAAAAUUAAUAAUCUUAGAAUCUGCACAAAUUAGUGGACAAUGUUCAAACAACAUUGCUGGACAUAUUGUCGAUGGUUUACAUAAUAUAAUAAAUAAAAUUUUUAUAUAUUUAUAUCCAUGCUAUAGAUGAACCAAACGUUCAUUUAGAAAUAUACAUUUUUAAUGCACAUUUGUUAAUACAAUUUAAUAAUAAUAAGUUAAUAAUAAUAAUAUAUAAUAUAAUAUAAUAUAAUAAUAUAAUAAUAAUAAAUUCACACUCCAAUAUCUAGAUCUUUGCUCUUAUCUGCUAGUAUUCUCAUUUAAUUAUUUUUUUAAUUUGUUAUCUAUGAUAAUCUUUCGCUGAGUUUCAAUGGUUUGAAAAAAAUUCAACUUUUAGAGUAUAAAAAAUAUUUAUUUUUUUAGUAUUUACAUCUUGAUGGGAAAAAAAAUAUUUUACAGAAAUUAUAAUGAAAUUAUAUAGAAAUAGUGUUUAAAUAUUAAAAAUAAAUUUUUUUCAUUGUGAUUUUAUUAAAAUUUUAAUAAAACUUAAGAAAAAUUCAUUAAAAAUUGAAUUUAUAUAUCAAUAAAUUUCUAUAAAAUUGUAUUUAUUCAAUUAAUUUUAUGACAGCUCUUACACACACACAUCCACGCGCGCGCGCAUACACAGAUACACGCGCACACACCAUACACGCGCGUGCGUGCAUACACACGAUGCACAUGCAGGCGCAUCACAUACAGCACACAACAUAGAACGGUUAUAAACAUAUUGUAAAAUAAUUUCACUGAAACAUUGCAAUAUUGCAAAUGUGUUGUGAAACACUAUCGUUACUGCAAGAUUGUGGUAUUAAAAAUUUAGUCGAGGAUAGGCGUGAUAGCACAGGUACGAGAAGCAAUUUUCGCAGCUUUUGGCAUUAUCACGCCGGAAAUGGCAUGUCGCGCGACGAGCGAUAUUAUUAAGAGGGCCGAAUUUUGUUUGAGAGAACAAGGAGGACAUUUUGAGCAAUUUUAGCCAUUAAAAUAUGAGAGUGGAUUAGACCUAUUGGGGAUACAACUUUAAAAAAAAUGCGCCGUGCUAUUUACCGCAAGGUGAUGCGGAAAUGAUAGCAUAAUAAUAUUUCCUAUUUUCGAUACGAGAAUCCAAUGUUUCGCGACGCUCGUAUGUAAACAACGUUGCUAUUCGCUCCUCUCACUCCUCCUUCGAUUCGUCGUGCGCCUAGUUACCGCGAUGGCGCGAGGGCCGUCCUUUCUCGCUACGCGCUAAUACUCGCGCAUUGGUCGAUUCUUUUUAAUUAAUUUCUCGAAAAUUAUUGUAAAAAUAGCAAAGUGAUACAGGACUUUUCUCUUCAGUUUUACCUGCUCUACUUGCACACGACCGGUGAUGCGAUUGACGCUGGACACCCUGUAUACGUUUCUCUCAAACAAUAAUAUGUUGUCAAACAAUAAUGAAUAAAUCAAUAAUGAAUGUGGUGAUUUUCCACACCACCUAUAUGAGAUAUCACCAAUGGCGCGUUAGAUUUUUUUAACGUGGAUCUUCGCCUGUAGCCAUAUCAUACUACAUUAUACUAUAUAAUAUACUGAAUUGUAUCUGCUAUUUAUAAAAUAUAUUUUACACAUUUGCUUUUGCGAAUGUGAUGUCAA